GCUUCUUCGUAAUCAAGCCAAAAAGCAACAUUGCCUCGUCAACAUCACGAUGCCAAUAGCAAGACGAGCCUCCUCUGGGCGAGCGGCAGCCAACGUUAAGCGGGUCAAGUACGCUGAGAGCGACGACGGCGAUGAGGACGACUCUUCCACUUCCCCGCCGACCGAGGAGGAUUCAGGCAGCGAGUUUGGCGAGUCUCAGGCUGAUGCGGAGGAAGCUGCUGACGAUGAAGAUGACGACGAGGAUGAUAGCGACAACGAGGUCAGCAGCGAGGAGGAGGUCACUCCCAAGAGGAAAAGAGGCAAGAGCAGCGGCGCAAAGACAACGCCAACUAAGGCGAAGUUGGCGGCCAGGCGCAUACAGCCUGACAAAGUGAAAGCGUCGCGCAAGAGAGACUCGGAUGAUGACGAAGAUUUCGAAGACAAGGAUCAACAAGAAGACGAUGGUCUUGUAGGUGGCGAAACUCUCUCGGUCACGAAGCUCGUCGCGGCUCCCACCCUACGCCACUCACCCGGCCAGCUCGGUCGCCCCGUCAUCGACUUCAUGACCAAGCUUCUCAGCCCAAAGUACAAUGACCGGGAAUGGUUCCACGCAAACGAGCGCGUCUGGAAAUGGAUAAAACAGGACUUCGAUGAAUUCUCUUCACACUUUCUCGAAAGACUUAUGGACGAAGUAGACGAGACGGUCCCUUACCUCCCUAGCAAGGAUAUGGUGUAUCGUAUCCACCGGGACGUGCGGUUCAGCAACGAUAAGACGCCCUACAAGCGGACCUUGAUGGCUACUCUGUCUCGUGGAGGGAGAAAGGGACCUUUUGCGGGUUAUCACCUUUGCGUACGAGCAGGGGGAGAAAGCGGCUUGCAUGCAGGGACGUGGGAGCCGCCCCCUGAUCGGCUCAAUGUGCUCAGAGAUCACAUCAAAGAGGAGACAGAGGAGUUCCAGCGAUUCAAGGCGAUCAUCGAAGAUCCAGAGUUUGUCAAGGUGUUUGGCGCUCCGAAGCCUGACAUCGCCAAGGGAAUCAAGGGAUCGCUAUGGGGCAGGAACGAGCUCAAGAGUGCACCAAAAGGAAUCGACAAGACACAUCCACACAUUCACCUGCUCCGUCUCAAGACAUUCUGUGUGUCUCGCCACUUCACAGACGCAGAAGUCGUCGAUGCGCAAGGCGACGCGGACGGAAGCGACGAUGCGAAGCCCUUUCCGAAGCAGGGCAAGAAGGGAGCAUCAACAGCAGCUGUGGUGAAGGGCGGGCGAGGAGGCGGCGACGAUACAGUGAGCAGGGCAGGUAGCUUCGAGGACAAGCUCGUAGCUGCGGCGCGUAUGGCCAAGGACUUUGUCGAGGUCCUCAACGAUAUGAUGCACCCGGCCCCACCGCCGCCGCCGGGCUUCGCUGGGGAUGUAGCUUGAGGGAGACGAGACACGCGUGCAAAGCGCAAAGUGUGAGGCGUCACGGGGGGAGGAGUCUUUGAUCUCUGUAUUAUUGCUAUGCUGAUUCAUGCUGCGCCGAUGCGUAAAGCGCUAGC